AAGAUGCUCAGAAUAAUAACAGUACAAACAGUUGUGCGGUUGUGAAGGCCAGCUGUGUAACAGCACUGUACCGUAUUGUAGGAUGGCCCAGGGUGAGAGUGGGUGUGGCUGUGCGUCUGAUCUACCAGGCCCAGCAGCGGGAGGAAGCCCAGUUCAUUUGGAACCUAGACCCCAGUCAGCGCUUGGGCCAGAAGAUUGUCUCAAGUUUGAAGCUUAUGAGUGAUCUGAGCUUGGGCACCUCUCUAUGCCUCACCCUCCUCACCCAAAAGCUGCAGACAUUCAAGACUGCCUCACCUUGUCAAGAUGUCAAACAGCUGACUAAUGGAGUUGCCAUGGCACAAGUUCUUCAUCAAAUUGAUAUGGCUUGGUUUAAUGAAUCCUGGUUAUGUCGAAUUAAGGAGGAUGUUGGGGACAACUGGAGAAUAAAGGCUAGCAAUUUAAAGAAGAUCCUUCAAGGAAUUAUGAGUUAUUACCACGAGUUUUUGGGGCAACAGAUUUCUGAAGAACUUAUUCCUGAUUUAAACCAAAUAACUGAAUGUUCAGAUUCUGUGGAGCUUGGGAGAUUGCUCCAGCUUAUUUUAGGCUGUGCGGUCAACUGUGAAAAGAAGCAAGAACAUAUUAAAAAUAUAAUGACAUUGGAAGAGUCUGUUCAACAUGUGGUCAUGACUGCUAUUCAAGAGUUGAUGAGUAAAGAAAUAGUGAGCUCACCUACAAAUGAUGCUGUUGGAGAAUUAGAGCAGCAGCUUAAAAGGGCUUUGGAAGAACUUCAGGAAGCACAAGCAGAGAAAGAAGAGCUGAAGCAGAGAUGCCAAGAACUGGAUAUGCAGGUGACAGCACUUCAAGAUGAGAAGAAUUCACUGGUUUCUGAGAAUGAGAUGAUGAAUGAAAAACUUGAUCAGUUGGAUGGUUCAUUUGAUGAUCCAAAUAUGAUGGUUGCAAAAAAGUAUUUCCAUGCACAGUUACAACUUGAACAAUUACAGGAGGAAAACUUCAGACUUGAAGCUGCAAAAGAUGAUUACCGUGUUCACUGUGAAGAACUUGAAAAGCAACUGAUUGAAUUUCAGCACAGGAAUGAUGAACUGACUGGUAUCGCUGAAGAAACAAGAGCCAUGAAAGAUGAAAUUGACGUUCUUAGGGCUACCUCUGAUAAAGUUAAUAAACUGGAAUCAACCGUGGAGAUAUAUCGUCAGAAGCUACAAGAUCUAAAUGACCUCCGCAAGCAGGUGAAAACUUUACAGGAUGCAAACAUGAUGUAUAUGCAUAACACAGUCAGCUUAGAAGAAGAACUGAAGAAGGCGAAUGCAGCACGUGCACAGUUAGAAACAUACAAACGGCAGGUUCAGGACCUGCACCUUAAACUCUCUUCUGAAUCCAAAAGGGCAGACACUCUAGCAUUUGAAAUGAAGCGGCUUGAAGAAAAACAUGAAGCUUUACUUAAGGAAAAAGAGAGACUGAUAGAGCAGCGUGAUACUCUGAAAGAAACAAAUGAAGAGCUCCAUUGUUCACAAGUACAGCAGAAUCACCUAAGUCAAACAGACACAUCUUCUAUAAAGAGUUAUGAGACUCUUGCUGCUGAGAUCAUGCCAGUGGAAUAUAGAGAGGUGUUUAUUCGGCUGCAGCAUGAAAACAAGAUGCUUCGCUUACAGCAGGAAGGUACUGAGAAUGAACGCAUCGCAGAGCUACAGGAGCAGCUGGAGCAGAAGCACCGAAAGAUGAACGAACUGGAAACUGAGCAAAGGCUCAGCAAAGAGCAAAUCCGAGAACUGCAGCAGCAGAUUGAAGACCUCCAAAAGUCUUUGCAAGAACUUGGCUCCAAGUCUGAAGGUGAAAGUUCCAGCAAACUGAAGCAGAAGUUGGAAGCUCAUAUGGAAAAACUAACAGAGGUCCAUGAAGAGUUACAGAAGAAACAAGAGCUCAUUGAAGACCUUCAGCCAGAUAUAAGUCAAAAUGUACAAAAGAUCAGUGAACUUGAAGCUGCUCUUCAUAAGAAAGAUGAAGAUAUGAAAGCAAUGGAAGAAAGAUAUAAAAUGUACUUAGAGAAAGCCAGAAACGUAAUAAAAACUUUAGAUCCCCAAUUAAAUCCAGCGUCAGCUGAAAUAAUGCUACUUAGAAAGCAGUUGGCAGAGAAAGAGAGAAGAAUUGAGAUUUUGGAGAGUGAAUGUAAAGUAGCAAAAUUCCGUGAUUAUGAAGAAAAACUCAUUGUUUCUGCCUGGUAUAAUAAGAGUCUGGCAAUCCAGAAACUGGGGAUGGAGUCCAGGCUCGUGAGCGGCGCUUGCAAAGACCCCAGCCCCUGCACCCCUGCACGAUCCUUCUUGGCACAGCAGCGGCACAUCACCAGCACCCGAAGGAAUCUGUCUGUUAGGGUUCCCGCUGCAACAUCUGAUUAAACCGCAAAAGAAAACAGAAACAGAAGUGCCCUUAAAAUGUUUUGUAUUUUUCACCACUGGAUUAAAAAAGAUGAAGAUGCUUGACACAAUUGACAUAGGCUAUGUUGGAAUCAAAAUGCCACAAAUUGAUUUUGCUGGCUAACUUUGGAAACAGAGUACAAAAUUAGCUGUCUGUCUGGGGAGCACAUUUAGAAUAAUUAAAAGAUAUAAUUAAGCACAUGUCAAACAAACAUUUGUCUUUUGAGUAUUGUAAUUUCAACUCGACUGUGCUUUAUUUUAAUGUUUUCCUGUUAUGCCAGAAAUGUGAUUAAUUUCCAGCAUGUAAUCAGUAAUAUACAAUUUUAAAAUCUAGAUUUAUGUUAUUGGUUCAUAUAAUAAUAGUCUUGAUGUAGGCACACGGCAAACUAUACAAGGGUGAUUUCUCUGACUUGAUACAUUUGAGAUUUUACUUCUAUCUACACAUUCUUUUGAUUAGAUGUAUUUUGGCACACCAUGGAAAGUGAAAUGUUUGGCAUAUUUGACCAUGGCAAUGACUUUGCCAUAGUGAAA